CUCUGCUCUGCAUUCCUCCAUCAUCAUCGCCACUGAACAUGACAGAUGCGGAUCCUCGAUGAAAAUGUCGGGCAAUCAUGGCUUGGAAGAGUCGCUCGCGGGUGGGAAUGCGUCCGAUUCCGACUCGGAUCAAGAGCUCCUCCAGCAUGAUAUCGCCAAGUUUGAUCAGUCGGUAAGAGAAUUCUUGCAUUCUCACCGAGAAGAGUCAGAACCGCCAUUCCCCGGACGCGGGGUAGCUAGAGGACGAGGAUCUCGUGGAGCUCGAGGUCCUCGCAAAGCUGCUAAACCCCGAGGCGACAUCACAGCUCGGUUGGCCAAAGUCAACCAGGCAUUCCUCAGUGGAGACUACAAUAAGGCCUUGGAUCUGGUAUCCGAAGUCAUCAGGAUCAAUGCCGAAACCCACCAAGCAUGGACCGCACUGUCGUCCAUCUUCCGCGAGCAGGGCGAACAUGCCCGAGCGUUGUCUGCCAUGGUGUAUGCCGCUCAUCUGCGGCCCAAGGAAGUUUCUGCUUGGCUCGAGUGUGCCGCCUUUGCUCUGGACACGAUAUCAGACGAUGAGGCGAGUAAUCUGCACACCGCGCGGUUGUGUUAUUCUGCUGCCCUCAGAGCGGACCCCGUGAACAUAGAGGCUCGGCUGGGCAAAGCGACUGUUUGUCAUCGACAAGGCCAUCUGGCCGCUGCAAUUCAAGAGUACAAGUUCGUCCUCAAAUAUCAUCCGUAUGAUCUGGAGAUUGUGCGGAAGCUGGCGGAAGCCUGCAUUGACAAUAAGAAUACCGAGUCUGCUGUUCCCUCCGCCAUCGCGGCAUAUCGACGCUAUUUUGACUAUGAAAUCGAGAACACAGCACUGCAUGGCUCAACUGCCCCGUGGCUUGAUAUCGGCAUCUAUGUCGAGCUCAUUGCAGCAACUGGCAGGUAUGCUGAGGCCAUUUACGAACUCAAGGCGCUGUCGAGAUGGCUGGUAGGUCGUGUCCAGGAGCAUUACUGGGACCAGUGGCAGAUUGACGACUGCGAAUGGGACGAGGACGACGAACGUAGAAGCCAUGUGCCUCAAUUUCAGGACUCAAUGUUCGGCGCGGAGCUCUACGGCCUAUCCCUACCCCUAGACCUCAGGGUUAGACUGGCGAUCUACAGGCUCAGACUUGGUGAAGAAGAAGAGGCCUUUAGGCAUUUGACUUGGCUGGACCCGGAUAAUCCACGUACAUUCGACUUCAUGGCGGAAUUCCCCUUCAUCUCCUAUGACCUUGCGAGCGAGAUUGCCAAGUAUGGUCACCCGCAGCGAGCCAUCAGGUAUCUCGAGUUACUCCGAGCCACGACUGAAGAACCAGAUGCAACACUGCUGGUUCAACUAGGUCGAUGUUACCAAGCGAUAGGGCAGCAGUCGACCGCAGAGGAGUGCUUCCACGCGGCCAUUGAUGCUGAUGAGUACAACAUCGAUGCCCGUGUCGAGCUGGCAAACAUGUACGAGAAAGCCAAGGAAGACGAGGAAGCCCUCAUUCUUGCGGCCGAGGCAAUGGCACUCAGGGAAGCCCAGGGGAUCCCUCCAAACGAGCCGCUUACCCAGGAGCAACUUCACAAAUUUUCAAUGCAGACGGAUCGUGGCAUAAGGGGCAUGGCGCCUUCUCAACCGCGGCAAGGCCCUCGACAGGCCAAACCAAAGGCCGCCCCGACGACGCGUAUUCUGCCCAGGAGAUACCGCGCAAAACGGUUCGCCAACCCUGACAAGCGCCGUCAAGAGGAACAUUCACGCGCAAUCAAGCUUUCCAGGCAGUAUGAAUAUGUUCGCGGCCUCAAGCAGCAGAUCAAGUCUGGUUCCACCGAUCUCAUCCCGGUCUGGAUAGAGUCCUGCAAAGAGCUUGUUGACGACUUCCGGUCUCUCAAAAGAUUCUAUACAUGGGACAAAUAUCUCCACUUCCUUGGCAAGAAGCAGUUGGCGGAGCAGCCAGCUAGUGAAGGAGCAAGUACCGAACUAUCUCAGAUGUUUGAGCGCCUCACACGGUCCCUUGCGCCUCAGGGAGAAUCUAUACCGGCGCCAGGAUUCGAUAACCACCAGGGCAUAUCGUUUGAUGACUGGCUUGACUUGUUCCUUGAUUAUGCCAUUGGCUUAUCGCUUGUACAUCGUCGCGAAGAGGCGUAUCAGGUAUGCGAAUCUGCAAGAGACUCGACUGUAUUUCAGUCCCCUCAGCACAAUUUCGCCAUCCACAUGGCUUGGAGCGUGUGUGCUAUCAACACAAACGACGAAGAGAAGUGUAUCACGGUGGCUCGCCACUUGAUGCGAGACGGUGGAAUAUCCGAUUCUUCUCGGAUGUUUGCAUUGCUCUCCAAGUUAUGCCAGUCGCCCGUCUCCUGGUACACUUCCGGACCGGCCCAAAAGUUCAUAUUGAGACAAAUCAAAGCGAUAGACAUGACAUACGAAGCUGCAAACAAAAACUUGAUUGGGAAGAGCACCGUCGACCACGAUGGAGCGGCUGCCGAAAAGCUUAACAUGGACAUCUGUCUGUUGAUGCUCUAUGGCCACAUUCUCUUCACCUCCACGAGUUACACGUAUGCGAUAGGAUAUUUCCUGCGUGCGUGGGCUCUCGACCGCGAGAACCCCAUGGUCAACCUGAGUCUGGGUCUUGCAUAUGUCCAUUAUGGCCUCAAGCGUCAGUCGACCAACCGGCAGUAUCUGCUACUGCAAGGCCAAUCAUUCAUCACCCAAUACGUGCAAUCCGGGGGCGACGAGCCGAAGCUCCAAGCAGAGCGAUACUACAACGUGGGAAGACUCUUCCAUCUGCUUGGAAUUGGAUACCUGAGCCUGCAAUACUACACCCGCGCACUGGAAGCAAACAAGGCGGCGGGCGAGAACAAGCUCUUGAAGGAUAUCAUUCUCGUCAACGAAAUCAUAUCCUUGCUGUCGACCAACAAUAAGAGUCUAGCACAUGAACUGCUAGUCAAGAACCUGAGGCUGUAA